AUGACUUCAGAAAUCCUUGCUACCAUGAGAGCGGCGAUCAUUGAAGAGGGACGCAAGUUCGAGAUCAAGUCGCACGCCGUUCCAGUCGUCGGCGACAACGAUAUCCUCGUUAAGACCGUGGCCGUCGCUUUGAACCCCACGGAUUGGAAACACGUCGCCUAUUCCGCAGGGAUUCCUGGCAGUAUCCUGGGAUGCGACUUCUCUGGCACCGUCGUCAAGGUCGGCAGCGCCGUUCAGACCGUGAGCGUCGGCCAGUCCGUCACGGGCUUUGUGCACGGUGGAUUGUUCCCGGAUGAAGGCGCAUUCGCAGAAUACGUCAAAACUCAGUCUGACUUGGUCUUGGUCAUCCCUGAGGAUACACUUACUCACGAAGAGGCCGCAGCGAUCGGUUGCGCGUUCUGGACGGCUGUACAGGCACUCUUCCACCCUACCCGUCUUGGCCUGACGGAACCCCCAGCAAAGACAUCCAAUGACGAAUGGAUCCUGGUAUACGGCGGCAGUACCGCCGUCAGCCAGUCGGCCGUCCAGCUGGCCACCCUCGCGGGCUACAAGGUCGUUUCGACCGCCUCUCCGCACAACUUCGAGUUCGUGAAGUCCCUCAGGGCCUCCGCCGUCUUCGACUACCACGCCCCGGACGUCGUCGGCCAGAUAAAGGUCGCGACCGGAGACGGCGUUGUCCACGCCAUGGACAGCAUCCCCUCCGUGGACCCCCUGCGGAUCUGCGCGGAGUCCAUCGGGCCCGCAGGCGGCAACGUCGUGCAGCUCGUGCUCGCACCCGUGCCCGGCGUGACGGAGAGGAAGGACGUCGCGUUCAAACCGGCGCUCAUCUACUCUGCGCUCGGGCGCGAGUGGGUGCUCCCCAAUGGGACCACGUUCCCCGUCUCGGAGGGGGGCCGCACACACAUGGUCUCCUUCCUGAAGAAGUUACCUGAGCUCGUGAAGAGCGGCGCGGUCAAGCCGCUCCCCAUCAAGCACUGGGAGGGCGGCCUCGACGGGAUCGCUGACGGCUUGCAGUACAUGCGGGAUGGAAAGGUCGGCGCAGAGAAGAUUGUGUACCGCCUGUGA